AUGGGUAAUACUGCACCUAUCGCAUAUGGAGGCUAUGCCCUCGUAUUCGGAAUUCAUGCCGCGUAUCAGGCAGCCCUAGACGGAUUCCAUCUCUACUCAGCCCUCGGGCACUACUUGCACGCAGCCAACACGGAGGAAAAGCUUGUCUGCACGCCUGUACAACUUCGGAGUACAAAAUCCCUCGCAACUUUUCGCGUUACUGUGAAACAAAAGGUUCCGUCUUCUGGCCUCUUACGGUCAUGUGUGGAACUCCAAGUUGACUUCCACAAAUUCGAAAAAUCUGUUCUUUAUCACUCAGCCUUUCCCACGCGAAAUUAUACUCAUUGGAAAUACUGCCUUCCCAUGGAUGAGCUGUGCGAGCAGAGGGCUAAAUCCGCUACAAUCUCGGACGAUCAAUUGACAACAUUCAACAAACUCUUCGGUCUUUCUAAGAAUUUCUACGAAGGUCGUCUGUGCCUCGAGGGCGUCACCUCUCAGAAUGUCCUGGGUGUCACUAAGAACGUCUUGCUUGAUCAGGAUCAUCUGCAUCCAACGCAAAGGACCUCUGGAGAUUGGGUGCGCGUGAAACACCCUCUGGGCACUGAAGGAGAGCGAUUGGCUAGCUUGGCCUUCAUAAUGGAUGGUAUUUUGUCUUUCUUACCUCUGUGUCACAACCAUUUGUUUUUUGAGGAUGUCGGAGCCUGUUCAAGCUUGGACUUUGCGCUACGAGUAUUUGUGCCCCUGCCCCAACUAAACGAAUGGCAUCUGAGGGAGGCCAUUAAUCACCAUGCUGGGUCUGGCCGAUCAUACAGCGGGAGUAAUCUUUGGGACGAGGAAGGAAAUUUGAUAGCCAGCAUGACCCAGCAGUGCAUUUUGCGCAUGCCCGAUGUUGCCGCAAGAAUUUGA